CGUCAGCAGUGCCACGUCAGCAGUGCCACGUCAGUCACAGUGCCACGUCAGCAUGACGGGCGCAGCUCUGGGCAUGCCAGGCCAACUGGCCAACGAGUCUCUGGCCGACUACAAACGGCGGUUCCAGGCCCAGAUCGCUCUGAUCGAGGCUGAGGAACAACGCCAACUGGCAGCCGCGGCUGCCCGCCUACAGGCUGAAGAAGCGGCAGCAGCAGAGAAGCUGCGGCUACAGGCCGAAGCAGACGCAGAUGCCCAGGCUCGCCGCAAGGAAGCCCAGGAUCUGCUGCAACGGCAUGAAGCCAACAGCAUCGACAGACUCAAGUUCUGGCACUUUGAACCGAACGGCAACGAGGCAACACCGGAAGAGCAGCAUAAGGAGUUCCUCUCCAAACUCGUGACACGGUUGUUGUAUGCUUGCAACUACCAACGGUCCGAGUUAGAGAGACAAAACCAGGAACUGCAACAGCUGCUCCAGCAUCUGAAGCAACAGCACCAGGAGUUGGCGAACCUCCGCCGGAUGGUGCAGAGCCACGAGGAUGCGACACGGGCACUCCAUGCCCGUGUACUGGACCUGGAACAGGCUAUACCAGGACCAGAUGCUGGUGCCUCCAGCAGUGCACCCUCUAGCCGCCAACUCGAGGAACGCGUUGACCACGUAGUGGCAAUGCUAGGCGACAUCAGCACCUUCGCUGCGCCGACCACCAUCAGCAGUCCGCCGGAUGCAUUGAAGACCGAGGUCCAGCAACUGCAGUCGACGAACACGUAUGGCAAUCCAAAGCAAUACAAGAUGCCAACCUUUCAACUGGAGAAGUUCGACGCCUACACGCAUCAAGACCCGGUGCUCUGGUGGGAAGCUUUCACGAUGCAACUUCGGAUUCUCCCUGUUGCCAAACACGCGUACAUCGGCGCCUUGUUCAUGAACUCAAAGGGCGGAUCCCAGAUCUGGUUAACUCACCUCGCAGCCACCCACGGCGUCGACAUCGCAGAUCUGAAGGACAAGAUCACAUGGGAAGAGUUGACACGGCUGUGGAAGAAGCGGUUCAUCAUCGACGACGCACCUGCACUCGCCAUCAACCGUCUCUUCACCAUGUCUCAGGGCAACACAGCAACACGUGACUGGCUCACGGAAUGGCAGAAGAUUGCGGCAGUGCCCGGUCUGGAUUUACCAUUCACGCAUCUACGCCGUGAGUUCUACAACAGGUCAUGUGCUGCACUGAGCCAGACACUUGGUGAUUGCGAGCAAUACACCACCUAUGCUGAGAUCAUUGAUAAGGCAAUGGAGAUCACCAAGACCAACAGGUCAGCUGCACACGAGAAGUCAACGUGGCAGCCAACCUAUGUGGACAAGCUCGAGAAACUGAGUUUCACGGGACGUGAGGCGACUCCACCCCCCACUCCGCCAGAUUCGGCCGCCUUGCUAACGGCCUCCUACACAUAUGGGGAGGAUGCGAAUGUCGCAAGUCCUCGGUACACUUACGAGGAUUAUGCUGUCCACUUGGUUCCAACGCUAUACCAACCGCUCCACGUGCAACAAUCUACCGCAUGCACGGUUUCAACACCAUCGGCAACCGAUUCGGCAGCUUCGCCGCCAUCUACCGUCGGGGAUUCAACGUCAUGGUCAAAACUUGAAGAGCUCGACCCGUUGACUUUUGCGUACUUCCAAUGGAUGCCCCUUCCCCGGUCCGAUCGAUUGCCGAAACCGCAUUGCAACGUGCUCAAAGCACAAUUGCGGGAUUACUUGCACACUGCAGUACCGACGCCGUUGAUGGACACCGGAGUAGAUGUUGUCGACCUUCACGCCUACAUUGCGAAGAUCGACCGCGAGUUCAAGAAGCAACGGCCCGUACGGAGUAGUACCGGAUCGGCCCAUCCGCCACAAGGUCAUCCUCGAGGACGGACCGUACCUCCACGCGGUUGCAUCUACCGAAUGAGCGAGGAAGAGUUAAGUGUGCUUCGGGCACAACUCGACGACCUUCUGGAGAAAGGCUGGAUUCGGCCUAGCUCAUCGCCAUACGGUGCUCCUGUUCUCUUCGUCCGGAAGAAGAACAAGGAUUUGCGGUUGUGCAUCGAUUAUCGCAAGCUCAACGCGCAGACGAUCAGAAACGCCGGCCCUCUCCCACCCAUCGACGAUCUUCUCGAGCGACUGGGCGGCGCCAAGUUCUUUCCCAAGCUCGAUCUCAAGUCUGGAUAUCACCAACUUGAGAUCCGACAGGAGGAUCGCUACAAGACCGCGUUUAAGACGCGAUAUGGGCAUUUCGAAUGGCUGGUUAUGCCAUUUGGCCUUAGGAAUGCCCAGGCCACUUUCCAAGCGGCUAUGACAACGGAGUUCCGACACAUGCUGGAUCGAUACGUACUUAUCUACCUCGACGACAUCCUGGUGUACAACCGGAGUUUGGACGAGCAUGUGGAACACCUCCGCACCGUUCUGGAGUGGCUACGACAAGCCGAGUACAAAGCCAACCGCGACAACAAGCCCCGCAACCGCAAUCCCUACGGCGAGUUACGCCCGAUGCCUAUCCCACGGGAACUUGGUCUCUCCAUUGCCAUGGACGUCGCCGGUCCAUUUCCCCGCGACCGGCUCGGGCACGACGGCAUCCUCACGGUGGUGGACCGAUUGAGAGUCCGGCACGACGAUGAAACCAAGUUCGGCUCGGCAUCCACAGACAGACGGGCAGACGGAGCGGGCACAUCAAACCGCUCAAAUGAUGCUUCGUACACUCAUCCGUCCGGACCAGAAAGAUUGGGUUGGCCGCCUCCCGACAUCGAGUUCGCCUACAACACUACGGUGCACCCGGCGAUCGGCGUGACUCCAUUCGAGUUGCACCACGGUGGACGGAAAGGCCGUAUCUUCGCCGACCUUCUCCUCCCUCGACCAGCCGACAUUGACGCCGCUUGCUCCCCCGCUUCCGUUCGGAAGUACAGGGAAUUGCUGACACAAGCCCGCGCGAACAUGCAAAAGGCUCAAGUCCGCAUGCAGCAGCAAGCCAACAGGCGUCGCGUGCCAUGUUCUAUCCGCGCCGGUGAUCUGGUUUGGGUCUCCGCGGAAGGGUUUGCACUGGAACAGGAUGUUUCACGCAAACUGCUUCCCAAGUGGUUUGGACCAUGGCCCGUAACAUCAGCCGCGCGCGAUGAGCCCGAUGACCCUUCAUUUGUGAUCAACAUCCCGACGUAUCUGAUGGUCCAUCCAGUCUUUCACGCCUCGAAGCUGGCAACAUAUACACCAACUAAGAGCGCCGACUUCCCAGGCCGACGAUCGCAGAACCCUCCUUCUAUGGAUGGUCAUCAGGAAGUUGACCGCGUCAUCACCGAUCGCAAGUACGGCAGCAAGCCGCGGCAGUACAAAGUCACAUUCAAAGCAUGCGAUCGCGAUGACAUUCGGUGGAUUUCAGGCGCAGAUUUGAAAGCAUCCGCACCGCUGAUCUACGCGCAUUAUGAAAAGCGGAGGUUAGCUCAGGAAGCUUCACAAUCAGCCCCUCCCACCCGGACUGUGGUCCCUCCCUCAGACAGACAGCUUCGCCCUCGCAGGUAAGCUCGGUCUUUCAAGGAGGGGGGGGUGUGGCAUACUGCGUAGCCACAUGGGCCUUGCAGGGCCCGUCCCGGACUUUCAGCCUAAAAGCCUA